AUGAGAUCUGGGCCUGAGACGGCCUCGGUAUCGCCGGAUGUCACACCGGAGGACGGCGUGGAUGGGGCAGACGACGCUGGGCUUGAGCGGCUGGAGCGGGAGAAUGAACGUGCCAAGGUGGCGGCUCGGGAUGCUGCAUGGGAGCGGGUUGACCUCAUGCGGAGGACGGGCCGCCUGCAGGAGGUCACUAUCGUGCAGACCAUCAAGUCUGGGUGCCUCAUCCGCAUUGAAGGCCUCAGGGGAUUCGUGCCCUAUGCCCUGCUGGGCAACGCCAUCGUGUCGGAGCCAGAUCUGGAUGCUCGCGCCAACCGGGGAGAGUUUGGCGAGGAGCCCUUCCCCUACCUGAUCAAUAAGACCAUCACCGUCCGAGUAAUGGAGGUUGCAAAGUCUGAGCGGCGCGUGGUCUGCUCCUGUACCGCAGCCGAGCGCGACAUUCUGUCGGAUGUGCUCUACGUUGGCCAGGUGCUGGAUGGCCUGGUGCGAUCCAUCCACCGAUUCGGCGCCUUUGUGGAGGUGCAGGCGCCGUCGGGGCAGCAGGGCCAGGUGUUUGUGCCCACCUCUGAGAUCUCCUGGGACUGGGUAUCAGACGUGAACAAGUACUUGACCCUGGGCCAGCAGGUCAAGGUCAUGGUGCAGAUCGUGGCGCCACCCCCCAAGACCAAGCUGGUGGCGUCGCUGCGGGCCCUGCAGCAGGACCCCCUCAAGGAGACCCUGGACCAUGUCAUGCCCCUGAACAGCAGCUUCAACAACUACGUGCGGUUUGGGAGCGGGGUGGGGAUGUCGCAGGGCUUGCAGCCCCUGCUGGAUGCGCUGAUGGAGGAGGAGGGCGUGGACAAGGUGGAGCUGGGCAGGGAAACCUCCGAGCUCCAAACUGUGUCCCAGGACCUGGAGCUGUGGAUGACGCGCCGGCCCGUGCCGGGCGGCUUCAACCUCGUGGCCCGGGCAGGGCGUGAUGUGCAGGAGAUCCGCGUGACCACGGGGCUGUCGGUGGACGCCAUGCGAGCCGCCAUCCAGCGGGUCCUGGCCCGCCUGGGAUGA